GCGGACGAUGCCAAGGCCAAGUUUGAGGAGAAGGAGCGCAAGAAGCUGGAGAUUCGCCAGCGCCUCGAGGCCCAGAUGAAGUCCACCAAGAAGAAGGGCUUCAUGACGCCGGAGCGCAAGAAGCGACUUCGACAACUGCUGCGUCGCAAGGCCGCCGAGGAGGUGAAGCGCCAGCAGGAGCAGAAGGAGAAGGAACGCCAGCGCAUCAUCAACCAGCGCACGGGCACGCCCAAGUCCACUGCCGAUGCCAAUGAGGCCACUCUGAUUGCCCUGUGCAAGGAGUACCACAACCGCAUCUACAAGCUGAACGAGGACAAGUGGGAUCUGGAGCUGACUACCUGCCUCAAGGAGUACGAGCUCAAUGAUCUGAAGGAGCGCGUUAACGACCAACGCGGCAAAUUCAUUAUUCCGCCCCUGAAGAAGGUGUCCAAGUACCAGACGCAGCUGGAGAAGAUGCGCCAGUGGACCUUCAAGCUGGCGAAGAUGGACAUGCGCGGCGGCCUGAAGCCAGUGAAGAAGGAGAUUGAGCUCGAUGAGAAGCUGGCUGACGUUCAGCAAAAGUUUGAUGAUCGCGAGCGUCGCCGAAAGGAAGUGCACGACCGCCUGGUGCAGGAGACAAAGAAGAAGGGCUUCAUGACGCCGGAGCGGAAGAAGGCGCUCAAGCAACUUCUGCGUCGCAAGGCCGCCGAGGAGGUGAAACGCCUGCAGGAGAUGAAGGACAAGGCCCGUCGGGAGGAGAUCAGCCGCCGAGUGGGCGCCUCGAAGAACAUUGCCAGCCUCGAUGAGUGCGCGCUGAUCAACCUGUGCAAGGAGUACCACAACCGGGUGUACAAGCUGCAGGAGGACAAGUGGGACCUGGAGCUGGCCACCGGCACCAAGGAGCUGGAGAUCAACGAGCUGAAGGAGCACGUCAAUGACCAGCGGGGAAAGUUCAUCGUCCCGCCGCUGAAGAAGGUCUCGAAGUACCAGACGCAGCUGGAGAAGAUGCGCCAGUGGACGUACAAGCUGGCGAAGAUGGACAUGCGCGGCGCCCUGAAGCCCGUUUCGAAGGAGAUUAAGCUCGAUGAGAAGCUGCCAAAGAAGGAGAACAAGCCCGAGUGGGCCGCCUCGAACAAGCAGCCGACGACGCCGACCACGCCGAGGACC